GUGUAAUUAGUAAUCCUCUUCCUUUUAUUCUACCUAGGUUUAUCACUGCAAAUCGAAGCCCAAUCCUCUUUCCUUCAAUCUUUACCAUCAAAGCAAAAAAAAAAAAAAUUAAAAUCAACCAAAAUCUUUGACCCCAAGAGAAAAAAAAAAACACAAAUUUCACACCAGAAUCAGAAGAAUCAUCGUUGUUGUGUUGUGUUGUGUUGUGUUGUGUUGGGUUUGAACUUUGAAGUAACUCUCUCUCUCUCUCUCUCUCUCUCUCCCUCUCUGUGUCUGUCUGAAACCACCAUAGACGGAAGCUUCGACUACCUCACAGCGGGGCAUCUUCUAUGGCAGAUAAUGAAGAAGACUUGACAAUGCCAAGGGAUGCAAAGAUUAUCAAAUCUUUGUUGAAAUCAAUGGGUGUAGAGGAAUAUGAACCUCGUGUUAUACACAAGUUUCUCGAGCUAGGGUAUCGCUAUGUUGUUGAUGUGUUAACAGAUGCCCAAGUGUAUUCAGAGCAUGCUAGCAAGUCUACAAUUGAUAUUGAUGAUGUUAAGCUUGCCAUUCAAUCUCAAGUUAACUUCAGCUUCUCGCAACCACCCCCUCGUGAGGUACUUCUGGAGCUGGCGCAAAACCGCAACAAGAUACCAUUACCAAAGUCUAUAGCAGGACCUGGUUUUCCACUUCCACCUGAUCAGGACACAUUAAUUAGUCCCAACUACCAAUUUGCUUUUGCAAACAAAAGGUCUGCCGAACCUAUAGAAGAAACAGAGGACGAAGAAGCUAUCAAUGCCGAGCCCAACCCACCUCAAGAAGACAAGACAGAUGCGCAACAAAAUCCCAAUCAAAGAGUGUCGUUUCCACUGCCUAAACGCCAAAAGGAUUGAUUUCAAGUCCCAUAUGUAAUCGAUGCUUUAUUAGUAGGUGAUGGUUGUAACAAAUUGCGAAUUGUAAGGUACACUGAUCACCCAUGCGGGGUGAUUCAUUGCGAAUGAGACUAUAUAUGUAAUUUUAUUGUAACUGUGAAGGAUUCAACUUUCUGAAUUUACUUUCUAGUGAGGAUUUUUUAUGAAUGUGUUCAAUAUUUCAUCUUUUACAAUAA